ACGGCUCCGACUCGACUCGGCGCUCGGUACAGCGACUGCACAGCAGUCAGCAGUCACUCGCGGUCGUUCGUGAAUCACGAGCGUGUGUAUAACGGAGGAGACGAUGUCGUUGUUGCUGAACGCAUUCGAGGUACGACGAGGACGCCAGCGUCUUCCGUAAACGUGCAACGCCGUAGGCCGUAGCGUCGUCGGGAACUAUUCGCGUGCCGAAGACGACCCUUCGACGCGUCACGUCGCCGCAGAGGAGGGUGACAGCGACCGCCUGUUUCGUUGGCCCCAUGCGCUCCUCCUCGCGGAACCAUGGCUUCUGUGAAGGUGGCCGUGAGAGUUCGACCCUUCAACAAAAGGGAGGUGGCGAUGAACGAGAAACUGAUUGUACAGAUGGACGGCAAGAGGACGCGGAUCUUCAAUACCAAGACACCGGAUAGCUGCAGAGAUAUCGAUCGGAGGAAGUACAAAGAUUUCACGUUCGAUCAUUCCUACUGGUCCUUCGAUCCGAACGACGAAAAUUAUGCAUCCCAAGAAAAGGUUUUCUACGAUCUUGGUACGGACGUAAUAGAAAGUGCCUUCGAGGGCUACAAUGCCUGCGUUUUUGCCUACGGCCAGACAGGAUCUGGAAAGACCUUCACAAUGAUGGGCACACCGCUUUCGUUUUGUAAUUUAUUAUUUCAUAUCGCGCAGCUCUUCGCUAGAAUGGCAGCCGGAAAGGAGAGCGGAGCGUCGUACAGAACGGAAGUAUCGUUCCUAGAAAUCUAUAAUGAGAGAGUGAGAGACUUGCUCAGACUGGAUCAAAGCCAAUCCCAUUCGCUGAGGGUACGGGAACAUCCCACGGGAGGGCCUUACGUCCAAGAUUUGUCGUGUCAUCUCGUUUAUGAUUAUUCGGAUAUUCAGGAAUGCAUGGUGAGAGGUAAUACGCACAGGACCACGGCCAGCACAAAGAUGAACGACGUGAGUAGCAGGAGUCACGCGAUUUUUACGAUAACCUUCGUACAGGCCGGCCUCUCGGAAGGCAACAUGCCGUCGGAGACUGUUUCCAAGGUGCACCUUGUCGACUUGGCCGGAAGCGAGCGUGCAAACGCGACCGGAGCGACAGGUCAGCGACUGAAGGAAGGCGCGCACAUCAACAAGUCUUUGGUGACUUUAGGCACUGUGAUAUCCACGCUCUCGGAAGUAAGUUCCGCGAGCGGUGAUGCGUCCGCCUCGAAGCGAAAUGCGUUCAUCCCUUAUCGGGACAGCGUGCUCACGUGGCUCCUGAAGGAUUCCCUCGGCGGCAAUUCCAAGACUAUCAUGAUAGCGACCAUCAGUCCGGCGGAAUGUAAUUACAACGAUACUCUCAGCGCUCUCAGAUAUGCCAAUCGUGCGAAAAAUAUCAUCAACAAGCCGACCAUCAAUGAAGACGCGAACGUGAAGCUUAUCAGGGAACUCAGGGCGGAGAUAGAGAAAUUGAAGUCCCUCAUCGAUAAGAAUAUGAGCGUAGAGAGGCCACCGCAAGUGUUAUUGGCUCAAAUCCAGGAGAAGCAAGAACAAGAAAAGGUAUUAACCGAGGAAUGGACCGAAAAGUGGCGAGAGACGCAACAAAUUUUGCAGGAACAAAAAGCGCUGGGAUUACGAAAAAGCGGAGUCGGCGUCGUCCUCGAUUCGGAAAUGCCGCAUCUGGUCGGUAUCGACGACGAUUUACUCAGUACCGGCGUCACGUUAUAUCAUCUGAAAGAAGGAAAAACGUUAGUCGGCACAGAGGAAGCUUCCGUUGUCCAGGACAUUGUGCUGACCGGUGCGGAUGUGGAAUCGGAACAUUGCAUAGUCGAAUUGGAUAGCGGGGUUGCGACGCUGCAUCCGCUCUCGCCUCAUUGUUGGAUCAACACAGCCCAAGUGGAUAAGCCGACGAGAUUGUCGCAAGGCUGUAUCAUCCUCCUCGGCAGGAACAACAUGUUUCGAUACAACGAUCCGGCGGAGGCGGCAAAACUCCGGAAAGAGGGCGGCUCGGGUAACGGCAAUUUACAAUCGACGGUCGUCAAUCUAUCGAGAUUGUCGCUCUUGAGCUGGAGCGUCUCCGAUCUGCAUGCUUCUUGCUCCAGCGAUAAUCUCGUGAACUCGAGCGAGGAUCUCAGGGCGGUCGAGGAAUUGGAACAGCAAAAGGCCGCACUUCUGAAGGAAAAGGAAGAUUUCAAGAGGGAACAAGAGGAGCGCGAGGAGAGGUGGACCGCGAGGAGGGAAGCGCUGGAAGGUGCCCAACGUGAAUUGGAACGCGAAUGGGGCGCGCAGUGGAAGGAAUGGGCGGACGCGAUCGCGGCUCUGGAAUCGCGUCAACGUGAGCUGCGCGCGCGCCGACAUCUCUUGGAACAAGAGCGACGGGACGAAAUGACACAAGUAAGUGACUCGGACGCUAGGGAAGUCGCCUAUCUGCGCACAUUAUUGCAGUCCAAGCAUCGACAGCUGCAAGAGCUCGUAAACAGUCAUGAACGUGCGCAAACUCAUCAACAUCAGUGGGAAAAGACGGAUAACGGUGCCGGUAGCGACGAUAGUCUGCCCGAGUCGUGGUCCAGUCUCAACGAUGAAAAAUGCAUCGAUAGCGUCAGGGAAUUAGUUAAUCAUCACAAGAAAGAGCUAGCUGCCUUGGAAAACGAGUUACAGAGCAAGGUCAGGUCUCUGAAUGAACAUCAGAGCAAGGUGGACAAGAUGGAGGAAGAACUCGUGGAGAUCGCAAAGAGACAAAAGCAGAUAUUUAAGGCAGAAAUGGUUGACGCAGGAGUAACGGAAAAGAAAUUGUGGCUGGCUAAACGGACUCGGGAACAGCUUCAGGAGAUUGUCCAACGGAAACAGAGUUUAUCGCUGGAUCUGAAGUGUGCUCUACCCGCGUCCUCGGAUGAUGAUCGUUCGUUAAACUAUUGCAUCGGAACAGCUUCCAGCUGCGAUUCCAACCUUUUCCAAGAAACGAAUAAUAGAAAAAUCGCCUCAAGCUUAUUGCUGCAGAGUAUACCGAGCUCCGAUACCGUGGAAACGUUUCAUACGGCGGCGGCUGACUCCCCGGAACUUUGCAUAGCCUUCGAAGAUGCCGAUUCGACACAGAUGAGCAAUAUCGCGAAGAACGAAUCUGCAAAUUUCGAGGAACGGGAAGAAAGCUGCGAACGAAACGAUCACUUAACGCAUGAUGAUACAAACUCAUCCGAAGUAGAGAGUAAAAAUAUAAUGAACAUCAGUAAUAAAACCAUGGAAUCGACGAGCGACGAGGAUAGAAAACCGCUUAUGGUGUCAGUUAUUUCGGAGAAUAUGCUUCAGGAUUCGCUAGAAUCCCCGAUACAGCAAAAUCCAGCGAUGAAGAGACUCAACCAAAGAAUCGCGCGUCAGCGGAUGAUGGUGAUGAGAUGUUUGGACGCCGGCACCUCGUCGAAAGAGGAUCUCAAUCGGCAGAUAAUAAUACUACAGGAUUUGCAGAGGCGGCAGAUCGAACUGGAAGUGUCGCUGUUGGAGGACGAACGGAAAAAUCAUUCCACCGGGCAACUCCAAUGCGACAACAGCAGCGGCGGCGGCGGCGGCGAUAAUAGGCUCGUCAUCAAUGAGGACUAUGUACAAAAUGAAUCAAGUGCUUACUGUAGUGUUGUAGAACCUACAAAUAAUAGCUCCGCCAUUCUAUUAACGGUAGCGCAAACCAGAUCUCAACUUUUCAGGAAUAACAGGCCUAAUACUAACACUGAUCAAGAGACUUUAUCGGAAUCGUUAGCAUCUAAAAGAUCCUCGUGUCGAGGUUAUUCAACCGUUUAUUUGACGAGUCAAAAUCGCGGUGAUCGCUUGUGUAGUCCGUAUUCCCUGACAAUCACGAGAUCUCUGCCAUCGUUAAUAGCGAACGACAGCGACUGCGACAGCGUGAUUAAUAUGAUCGUCAGCGUACCAUCGUACGUGAUACGCGGUGCUGGCGCAUCCAGCCAUUACGAAUACGAAGUACGAGUCGUGGCGCAGGACGAUAGUUGGACACUGCUGCGUAGAUACAGGAGAUUCCGGGAAUUAUAUACAUCGAUGCGACAAAAGUAUGGUAGUAAGGUCGCGGCAAUACGCUUUCCUCCACGUCAGGUCUUUCCAAAGUACGAGGUCGUAGCGAGGCAACGUCGAAAACGCCUCGAGGAAUAUCUUCGCCGAUUGAUUCAAGUUUGUUCGGAACUGCCGCACUGCGAGCCCUUAUAUAAAUAUAAUGGCAAUCUCAGCAACAUAGAUAAGCAAUCCUUGUUAGAGUUCAAUCCGUUCUUCAGACGUGGUAUGUUUGAGAGCGGCAAAUACGGGACUAGCUAAAAAAACACUAUUGUGAAUGAGAGCAAAUACGACAAACCUUUAUAAUUCAUUGUAUUUGUUUUCAUUUCUUUUCUAUUUAUAAAAAUGCGCAGCAGUUAGAGCAAACGAAAUAUUAGUGAAAUGUAGCACUGGCGAUCUAUACAGAGCAAGUCUCCCAUGUGUGACAUUUGUAUAUCUGUAAUAUUUCUUAAAUUACAUAUCAGUUUUAGGAGAAAUUCAUGCAAUAUCGUUCAGGAUAAAAACGAAAUCUUCUACAACAUUGUAAUUUUAGUAAGUAUUACAUAAAUUACUUAUCGAGACAAUUGACGUACAAAUGUCGGGUGACGUGUUCUGCACAACUUUUUAGUCGUUAGAAAAAUAUAUGCUUCCGAAAGCUUAACUAGCUAAUCGUAAGACUGGUUUUAGAAAAAUAAGCGUUCUUUACCGAUACUGUCUCGUGCGCGUGUUGCAAGCUUAUCGUGGGCAAGCACAUAGAGAUAUUAACGGGAAAGCAACGUCAUAUAUUCUUUAUGAGACAAAGAGAGAAAGAAAGAGAGAAAAUCAUCUAUGGGCGAGGUGAAACUUAUCGCGUCAUAGUAUGACUUAUUUUAUCCUUUACAGAUAUUUUCCUAAUGUCUUUCUCCCAAUAGAAUUCACAAAGUGUACCUUCCUUCGAUAUUAUAGUCAAAAAUCUUGUAUAGUCGUUAUAUGAUUCUCGUUACGUUACGAAGCACAAAGGUUAUUGUAAAUUACAUAACAAAUUUAUCAGCAAUAGCAACCAUAACAUUUUGCAGUAGUUUGCUCACUAUAACCGACGAUUUACUUUGUGCGUCGAGUAACGUUUUGUAUGCCCAAAAUUCAAAGUAGUAAAGAUUCUACUAACGAAUUGAAAGAACUUUUCAUUAGAAUAAUAAUUACCAGCUUGUAAAGUUAACAAUGCAUUACAAGCAACAGAGACAUCAUAUCGCUGUUAAAGUUCUUCCAGUUCCGAGGAGAGAGAUAUAUACAUAUAUAAAGUAUGUAUGUUACGUAUAUAAAUGUGUAUAGUGCAAGGAAUUAACAGACCCUCGUUAAAGUUGGAAUCGUUAUGCAGCAUUUAUUUCAAUAUUAGUAAUAUUAAACCAAAGUUUUUGAUAAUUAUCGAUUUUAGGAAAAUGUUGCCGCAUUGCUGUGAAUGGCGAUUGAUCAGAUUAAAAUUGGUGCAAAGCACGCAAUAAAAGUAUUAAAAUUUAUAUAUAUUUAAAAAAAAAAGCAGCAAAAGAACUCUUUAUAUGCGAGAGAUUUUGAAAUAAUGCAUAAAACUGCUUCUUCGUUACAUAGUCAGAACAUUUCUCUUUGUAUUCUUCUGUAUCGGAUAUAAAGAAAGAGUAACGUACUUUCAUCUUUGAAAAGAUGCUAUUAUUUAGUAUGCUAAAAUAAAAUCUAUAAGCAUUAUAAGCGCCACACAAUAAAUGCUUUUCUGUAGUAUGAUAAAAGUAUUUAUUCCAUGGCUGUGUGUAUGUGUAACUGAACUCGUGGAGAAAUCCGAUGUGGGAUCAUCCU